AUGCCAACUUUCUGGAAUUUUCUAGUAUUUCUGGUUUUUGCAGUCUGUCUGGUCACAAGCCAGAAAGGAAUCCCGACUAGCGAAGAGUCAAUUGACGAAUUGGUCUCUGCUGGAGUUUCGGAGAAUGCAGCCGCAGGAAUCGUAAAGUUUGACAAGAAACUUCAAGAGCCAUUCGAGAUGGAAAAGACUGAUCCAGAGGGAGCUAAAGAAUUAGAACAAGUACUUCACAAAGAGUUCACGGAAUAUAUUGAGAAUUUGAGUGAAUACGAUCAGGAAGCAUAUCAACAGUUUAUUAAAGACAAGCAUGCUCAGCUAUCGAUAAAUUAA